GAAACAAAGCAAUCAUAAUAAUCCAUCCGCCUUCCAACUUUUGGUUACUUCAUACCUACGCACACCUCUUUUGUUUUUCCGACUGUCUCUUUGAUUGAACCAUAAUCUGUCUUGUCUGUCUUCUAAUCUGAUCCAUCCAUCCAUGGUUUAGUAGGAGAGGGUCUAACAAUGCGGCUGUUUCCCUUAAUUUCUUGGAAAGAGCAGAAGAACACAUCAAAUAACCAUGCUUUGAUGUAUCUAAAUGUUUAUGAUCUCACUCCUGUUAACAACUACAUGUACUGGUUUGGUUUGGGCGUUUUUCACUCUGGAAUUGAAGCACAUGGUAUGGAAUAUGCAUUCGGAGCCCACGAAUAUCCAAGCAGUGGGGUGUUUGAGGUGGAACCAAGAAGUUGCCCAGGUUUUGUCUUCAGGCGGUCCAUUCUUUUGGGCAGCACGGAUAUGUCAUCUACAGAGUUCCGUUUAUUUAUGGAACAUCUUUCUAAUAAAUAUCAUGGCGACACCUAUCAUUUGAUUGCUAAAAAUUGCAAUCAUUUUACUGAUGAAGUCUCUACACGUCUCACUGGAAACCCCAUUCCGCGAUGGGUCAAUCGUUUAGCUAAACUAGGUUCUUUAUGCAACUGUCUACUGUCGGAGAAAAUUCAAGUUCGGGCUGUUGGACACAUACCUGAGCAUGGGACAUAUUCUGGUGACCAAGGAUCAGAAUCCGGCUAUUCAUCUUUAACAAUGCUGAGCGAAGGGGAGGAUGAAGAUGAGGAGGAUAGCCAUCAUCAUGAUCAUGUUCAUGAUCAUCUGCUCACUGCACCGAACAUGGAUGUCGCGUUUCUGCAGGAUAAACCAGUGAAACUGGGUACUGCGUAAAAAGCAGUCUUGAAUUUGUUGUAAGUGGUGUUUGUGAUGGUUGUGCAUAUAUUUAUUUUAUUAUCAAGGGUGUAGAUUAUAAAUACUAUAAGAAUUUAGGUAGUGGUGACGGGUGAAUAGGUUAUUUUUAAAUGUAUUCCGAUAUAUUAAACUUUGUUUGUUGAUAAGAGUAUUUGUUGUAAAAAAA